AUGUCCACCUCAGCUCUCUUCCGCCCGACCACAUCAGCCCUCCGCGCUGGGCUUGGAUUCCGGGGCAUCCACUCUUCGCGCGUCCUCGCUGUUCAGGCUUCACGACCCCGGCUGGACGCUACGAUCGAUGCCAACGAGACCGCUGGGUUCAAAUACACACCAGGAGGACCGAUCCUCAAGGGGACAGUAAACGACGCGACAUCGUUCCCGGCCCCUAAUGCCGCGCAUGGGUCAUACCACUGGGCAUUUGAGCGCGUGCUCAGUGCGAGUUUGAUUCCUGUUAUGGGGGCGGCGGCUGUCAGUACUGGGAGUGCUUAUCCAAUCAUCGACGGCGUCCUUGCCGUCUCACUCAUCAUCCACUCGCAUAUCGGUUUCGACUCGAUCGUCGUCGACUAUCUCCACCCACGCAAGUUCCCCGUCAUUGGUCCGAUGGCCACUUGGGCGUUGAGGGGUUUGACGGGCUUGGCGGUCUGGGGAGUAUACGAGUUCAACACGAAUGACGUUGGAUUGACCGAGCUCGUAGCGAGGCUGUGGAGGGCCUAA